AGAGCGGUUUGUUAUUGUUUACGUUUUGCGCGAUGAGAAACGUCAGUCAGUUGCCGUGGAAUCGGAACGCAUGUGGCUGUUCGUGCAGCGCUACUAGAUCUCGGUACGGAAAGAUGACGGGCGGUACGAUGAAGAAAUAUGUGCUUUGGUUCGCCCAGGAGCACGUAGACUUCCGGCAGGCGGAAAUCGCUUCCCUGCUGCGGCUGUGGAACAUUCCAAUGAGCACGCCGGCCAACCACAACCCGGAGCGACCGUUUUGGGUGGUGGAAAUGCAGAACGACGAGGCAGCCCGCAAGCUCGCGUCCCGUUCCAUGUCGCUGCGCUGCAUAUUCGAGCUGUGGGCACAUUCCGGCCAGGGUUUGGCGCACUUUCACGAGACACUGCGUGCGCACAUCGAAACGCACCGCCCAGCGUUGGCGCCCUAUUUCGGUGCGAACAAUUCGUUCAAGGUAACGGUGGAAACGUUUAACAAGCACUUUAGCCUGAAGGAAAAGGUGGCGAAAAUCGAAACGAUGCAGUACCUGCCGGCAGAAGGGCCCGUUAAUCUGCAAACGCCGGACGUGCACUACUGGUACGUUGAGUUUUGGGGAUUGGACCCGAUGAACGUGCCGGAACGGCCGCACGACGUGCUGUUCGGGCGCUGGGUGGCGGACGGCAAGCGUGACAUGAUCAAUGAAAUAUCGCUGAAAAAUCGAAAGUUCAUCGGAAACACCUCGAUGGAUCCGCAGCUGUCACUGCUGAUGGCGAAUCAGGGGCUGGUGCGUGGCGGUGAUUUGGUGCUGGAUCCGUUUGCCGGCUCCGGUUCGCUGCUGGUUGCUGCGGCCAAGUUUGGUGCGUACGUGAUCGGGGCCGACAUCGAUUACAUGAUCGUGCACGGCAAAUCGAAACCGACGCGCGUGAAUCAGAAGGUCCGGGCGGAGGAUGAAAGCAUCUACGCCAAUCUGCAGCAGUACGGUUGCGGUGGGCUGUUUGUCGAUGUGCUCAUAGCCGACUUUUCGCGCAGCAUUUGGGCAGGCGGCAUGGUCUUUGACAGUAUUAUCACGGAUCCUCCCUACGGCAUACGCGAGGCAACGGAAAGGAUCGAGUUUAAGACGCAGCGAAGAGCGACCGCCAUGACGGAAGAUGCGGUACACUAUCCCUCCACCUCACCGUACCAGCUGUGCCAGAUGUACCAGGAUUUGCUACAAUUUUCCGCCCGAUAUUUGAAGCUCGGUGGGCGGCUCGUUUGUUGGUUCCCGAUGUUGAGGAAGGAUCUUGAAGCGGAUGUGCUUCCCCGCCACAAGUGCCUCCAGCUGGUGGCGAAUUCCGAGCAGCCACUGUCGGGGUACAGCUCCCGGCGAUUGCUAACGUACGAGAAGAUCUCCGACAACGAGUCCGACUUCGAUGCAUUCGAAAUGCCCGACACGGUGGUGGAAAACUUCCGCGAGCGCUACUUCACCCAGCUGGCCGAGGAUAAUGGGACGCGCAAAGAGCGACGGCAGGCGUUGCGUGAGGUGGGUCGAACGGAGGCAAAGAGGCGGGGCAAACGGCAGCAGCCGGACGGAAAGUGGCGGUACACGCAGGACGUGCCGGAAGCAAAGUAGGUUGUUUGGAGGAUAAGGGAAUGGGAAUGGGAGUGAAGAAUGAAAUUGACCUCUAAACGAACGAGCGUUUGUGAGCGUUUGUUUUCCGAACGUUUCUAUUUACUCGAAUGGUGAUAAAGAUUGCAUUACCGAUUCCUCUUUUA